AAAAAAUUUCAGUCUGGAGUAACAACUCGUGGGCAACAGAUCCAAACAACAAGUUGAUUGAACCAUAAAGGAUUUACUUUUUUUAAAUAUUUUUUUAUAAAAAAUUUAAUAAUUUAUCAAGGUCAUAAAAAAGGUUUAAUUCAAAAUGACUGGCGCUGAUAACAAUAUGACACAACAAGGUCAAGCUUUUGACUCUAACGCCAUGACCUUAACACGUUUCGUGUUACAGGAACAGCGUAAAUUCAAAAAUGCCACCGGUGAUUUGUCACAAUUAUUGAAUUGUAUUCAAACUUCGAUUAAGGCUAUUGCUUCGGCUGUACGUAAGGCUGGUAUUGCCAAAUUGCAUGGUAUUGCUGGUGAUGUUAAUGUUCAAGGAGAAGAAGUUAAGAAAUUGGAUGUUUUGUCCAAUGAAUUGUUCAUCAAUAUGUUGAAAUCUUCCUAUACCACUUGUUUGAUGGUUUCGGAAGAAAAUGAAAAUGUUAUUGAGGUGGAAGUUGAGAAACAGGGCAAAUAUAUUGUUUGCUUUGAUCCUUUGGAUGGUUCUUCGAACAUUGAUUGUUUGGUGUCUAUUGGUUCUAUUUUCUCCAUUUACCGCAAACAAACUGAGGGUGCUCCUACUGUUCAGGAUGCUUUGCAGCCUGGUAAUCAAAUUGUUGCUGCCGGUUAUGCUUUAUAUGGUUCAGCCACCGCUAUUGUUUUGGCUUUGGGACCUGGUUCCGGUGUAAAUGGCUUCACCUAUGAUCCUGCCAUUGGUGAAUUCAUUUUGACUGAACCCAACAUGCGUGUCCCCGAAAAAGGCAAAAUCUAUGCCAUCAAUGAAGGUUAUGCUGCUGACUGGGAGGCUGGCGUUUACAAUUAUGUAGCUGCCAAAAAGGAUCCCUCAAAAGGCAAACCCUAUGGUGCCCGUUAUGUUGGUUCUAUGGUAGCUGAUGUUCAUCGUACCAUUAAGUACGGUGGCAUUUUCAUCUAUCCCGCUACCAAAUCUGCUCCCAAUGGUAAAUUGCGUUUGUUGUACGAGUGCAAUCCCAUGGCCUAUUUGAUGACUGAAGCUGGUGGUUUGGCCAGCAAUGGCAAGAUUCCCAUUUUGGAUAUUGUGCCACAAAAGAUCCAUGAAAGAUCGCCCAUUUUCUUGGGCUCCAAAUUGGAUGUUGAAGAAGCUUUGGAAUACUAUCAAAAAGCUUAAGUUGUUCUCCGCUGUUGUGAUUAGUUUUUAAGUUACGUUUUUUAUGUUUAUUUAAAAGUGUUUUUCUGUUUAAUUCUACUAAACUGAAAAUAAAACCAAAAUUUUUUCUAAAAAUCUAUAAA